CUAACCAGAGACCAGAGGUGGAAAGCAAGGGCAACAACAAAACAACAACAACAAAAGCAAACCUAAAGAUCGUUUUCAUGCGACGUGCCUUUAUUGUAUGAUACUCGCGGAAAAGUAUCGUACUCUCAACAUUGGAAAGAAAGGAUUCAUAACAUGUAAGAAGGACGCUAACAUGUAGCUACAUAGUACAUAAAUGUAAGGAGGCGUAGGAUAAAAUUAAUAUCCUGUGAUAGACGUCCAUUCUGCAUUUCAUCUAGUGCAACUACUCUCUGAGGAUGUCCUCAAACUCAAUCAGGAUUCAACCAUCAACAACUUCAAAAGAAUAUAAAAGAAAUGCCGAAUCACGCAACCGUGUUGGGUAUGCAAGAAGUCACGAUUUUCAUGACCAGGAUGUGUCACAGACCCAACAUAAUGCCAACAGUCGGUCCUCAUUUGAUUCGUUUGACUCAGGAAACGUGUCACAUUCGCACACCCCUUCAAGUGCGAAAAAGCAAAAACUCAUUGGCUCUGAAUGUGCUUCUGGAUCUGAUGUUCUGAUUAGUGGUUCCAGAGCGCGCCAGAUGCGCAGAGAUUACAUGAAUUUCAUGGGCGGAUGGCUUGAGCAAAAUGAUUGCCUUCCUCAGUGUGCCACUUCGGAAUUGCUGCGUGGCUUAAAAGCCAUAUUUUCACCCAUAUUGGAAGAAGUGAAUUUCAGUGUUCGUACUGUCACCAAAGUCAGCAUGGAAUGCGUCGAGGCUGAUGAGGAUGAAGACUCAGAUGACGAGGGUGACUCAGAAGGUGAACAGGCAAAUGACGUUGAACCUCCAUAUGUUCUGGAGGACAGCAACAAUGAUCAGGAUUCAGACUCCUAUCCUCAGGCUGACCCUGAUUGCGGUUACACUGUCCAGGAAAUUCCUUGCGUCAAGAGCGAUGAGUCAACUAAUAGUCCCUUGAUAAAUAAUGACUUGCUUCUGCUGACAGCUGCAGGAGAGGAAGCCAAAAAGGUUUUGGCUGCUCCGGGCUUUGGUGAGCAAACCGUAAAUUACACACAAAUUGUUGAUUAUCAUCCCAACUGCCGGUCCUUAGCAGGUGUCAGUGCCAAAGAAAGAAUAGCAAUGGUUGCCCACGUCAUCCCAAUGAAAUCAAAGAAAGAUUUUGACUUCUUUAAUGCUGCUCUCGAAGAGAACAAAGACUUGUGCAGUGCGUUGGUUGAAAAAUAUUGGCUGAUUGCCGGUGAAGAAACCCUAGCCAAACGUGUCUACUUAUACAUGAGGAUUUUCAUCAGUAAAGUCUUAGCUACCCAAAUCAAUUGGAAUGGGACUAAUAAUAAUGGAAAAUUUGGCAUCGGUAACAGCAGAUUCAAAGAUCUAAUUUUUUGUCUUGUGAGGGCUUCAAGCAAGUUUGCUGAAACUAACGAUGAGAAAAUCAAGAAUUCGAUGCAGGUGUGGAUGCAAAACGGAACUGCCAGAACCAGGACUCGAGGUAAAAGUGGAUAUACGAGAAGAAUCCCUAAUUUGAAGUAAAAUAAGUCUGAUAUCCUAACCAGUAAUGCUAAUGAAAAUGAGGUACAAAGUGUUACUAGUAUGAAUCGUUUGAAUAAAAUAAAUCUUAAUCAAA